UGCCCUGGAAUUUGUCGCUGAGUCAGCAAGCCUUUCCCUUUGGCCCGGAUUUGGCUGUUCUGUGUUUGCUAUCAAGAUGGGAAUGCAAAGAAGGCGUUACCUCUGAAGUACUGGAGCUUCCCGGGACAGGGCACCACCAACUCUCCAGUGAAAAGGUGUGCAGAAAGCAAGGGGCCAUGCACCCAAAACUCCAGCCCAGUGUGGUCUGAACGUUGGGCACAGCAGCGGCGCCCUGAGGAAGAUGGCCAUGGCCCCAGGCCCUGUCAUGGCUCAGGUCUACGCUGGCCCCGUGGCCGUGGCUGUGUGGGAGUGGCAGGACAGCCUGGGCAUCUGGCACCCCUACAGUGCUGCCGUCUGCAACUACAUCGAGCAGCAGUUUGUGCAGCAGAAGAGCCUGCACUUUGGAGUGGGCAGCAUGGCCCAGAGUAUCCCCUUGGGCCAGGCGGACCCCUCGCUGGCCCCAUACAUCAUCGACCUCCCCAGCUGGACCCAGUUCCGCCAGGAUACUGGCACCAUGCGGUCUGUGCGGAGACACCUGUUCCCCCAGCGCUCGGCCCCAGGUCAUGGCAUCGUCUGGGAGUGGCUGAAUGAAGACAACUCCUGGACACCCUAUGAGGCCAGCAUCUGUGACUACCUGGAGCAGCAGGUCUCCCAAGGCAACCAGCUCGUGGACCUGGCCCCCCUGGGGUACAACUACACCAUCAACUUGGCUACCUAUACCCAGAUCAACAAGACAUCAAGCUAUUGCCGAAGUGUGCGGCGCCAGGCCGGCCCCCCCUACCCGGUGACGACUGUUAUUGCCCCGCCGGGCCACAAUGGAGUUGCCUGCUCCUGCCACCAGUGCCUCAGUGGUAGUGGAACUGGCCCUGUGUCAGGCCGCUACCGCCACUCCAUGACCAACCUCCCCGCCUACCCUGUCCCUCAGCACCCCCACAGGACUGCUGUAGUCUUUGGGGCUCACCAGGCCUUCGCCCCAUACAACAAGCCUUCCCUUUCGGGAGCAAGGUCUGCACCUAGGCUGAACACCACCAACCCUUGGGCAGGGGCACUGCCCUCCAUGGGCACACAGCCCCUCUACCGCUCCAGCCUUUCCCAUCUGGCAUCUCAGCACCUGCCCCCAGGACCGUCCACAGCCAGUGCAGCCAGCAGUGUCUCCCUCAGCAGCCCCAGGAGUGCCUCCACAACUGUCCCCGCCACCGUGCCUGUGCAGAUGCCAAAGCCCAGCAGAAUGCAGCAGGCCCUCGCAGGUGGAAGUGCAAAGCAAGAACCAGAGCAGGUGAUCAGGAGCUACACGGAGGAGCUGAAGACGCCACCUGAUGAGGACUGCAUCAUCUGCAUGGAGAAGCUGUCCCUGGCGUCCGGCUACAGUGAUGUGACUGACAGCAAGACCAUGGGGCCACUGGCUGUGGGCUGCCUGGCCCGGUGUCGCCACACCUUUCACCUGCUUUGCCUGCUUGCCAUGUACAGCAACGGGAACAAGGACGGCAGCCUGCAGUGUCCGUCCUGUAAGGCCAUCUAUGGAGAGAAGACGGGGACACAGCCCCGAGGCAGGAUGGAGGUGUUCCACUUCCAGAUGCCCCUCCCAGGCCACGAGGACUGCGGCACCAUCCUCAUUGUCUACAACAUCCCACAUGGCAUUCAGGGCCCCGAGCACCCCAACCCCGGUAAACCCUUCACUGCCAGAGGGUUCCCCCGCCAGUGCUACCUGCCAGAUAACGCCCAGGGCCGCAAGGUGCUGCAGCUGCUGAAGGUGGCCUGGAAGCGGCGCCUCAUCUUCACAGUGGGCACGUCCAACACCACGGGCGAGAGCGACACUGUGGUGUGGAACGAGAUUCACCACAAGACGGAGAUGGACUGCAACGCCACAGGCCACGGCUACCCGGACCCCAACUACCUGCAGAAUGUGCUAGCCGAACUGGCUGCACAGGGUGUGACAGAAGACUGCCUGGAGCCGCAGUGACCCUCCCCUGCCCCAGGCCGUGUUUUGGGAGACUCCUCCCCUCCAUCCUCUCCCGCCUCCCUCCAGGCUGGGUCUGAGGGGAACUGGAGCAGUAGGGGACUUGUGCCUGGGGGCUAAGUGACCUCAGUCCCCACAGGUGGUUGCCCCGUGCUGGGGGCCUGGUGUGGGUAGUAGCCCUGUCUGCAGGCAGCGCUGGGGGUCCAGUCCCAUAGCAGCUCUGGGCCAAACUGAGCUAGGGCCUGGCUGGGCUGGAGAUUUGGGGUUACUACCUUAGUGUCUGUUUGCAAUAAAUGCCUGGAGCCAAAGUCAA